UGCACGGUUUUACAAAAAAGUGAUUGUUAACAGUGAUUGUUUUAACAUUUUUGCGUUACCAGGGAUUUCCAUCAUGAAGUUUAAGACCAGUCUGGAUGCGAUGCGCGUGCAUUGAGGACGCUGGAAAGGUCUCCAUCAUGCUAAAGGUGCAAUCUGAGUUUACGCUGACUUCAUGAAGGGCUCUUUAACCUCAUUUAAUCAUUUCAUCCUUGGAUUCCCGUGAUGGCUCUGAUCUGCCUUUGCGACUCUAUGAAUGGAUCAGACCAGGCUCAUGUGUUCUGCAACACCACUACAUUCAACUUUACCGGGGAUGAGAGUGGGGACUGUCACCUUCAGACCGUGGAUGAAGUUCUGUUUAGUUUCCUGGGCCCUAGACGAUCUCCUUUCUUCUUCCCUGUGACCUUUACGUACAUCCUCAUCUUCAUCACAGGGGUCUUGGGAAACCUUCUCACCUGCACUGUGAUCACUAAAGACAGGAAGAUGCGGAUACCCAGUAACCUAUAUCUCUUUAGCCUGGCCAUCUCGGACCUGCUGGUGCUGCUCUUCGGGAUGCCGCUGGAAAUCUACGAGCUGUGGCAAAACUACCCUUUCCCCUUCAGCGAAAGCAUGUGCUGCUUUAAGGUCUUCUUAUUUGAGAUGGUUUGUUUUGCUUCCGUGCUCAACGUUACAGUGCUGAGCGUGGAGCGCUACAUAGCUGUGAUUCACCCGCUCAAAACCCGCUGCUUCAUAACCAACAAGCACGCUCAAAGGGUCAUCGCCAGCGUUUGGGCUCUGUCCCUGUUCUGUGCCAUCCCAAACACCUCGCUUCACGGCCUACAGUACCAGUACCUGCCAGAGAGGGUUCUGGAGUCAGCUACCUGCAACCUGCUCAAGCCCAAAUGGGUGUAUAAUUUGGUGAUCCAGGUCACCACCGUGCUCUUUUACGUUGUCCCCAUGAUGAUGAUAAGUGUGCUGUAUCUGCUGAUUGGUCUGACACUGGGCAGGGGACAGAAGCAGAGGAAGGACAAGCUGGGCAACCACAGCAACGACAGCUGGAAAAUCCAUCUGGACAGUAGUCGGAAGAGGCAGGUCAUCAAGAUGCACUUCGUGGUGGUUCUAGUGUUUGCCAUCUGCUGGGCUCCGUUUCACAUCGACCGACUGUUGUGGAGCUUCAUCACAAGUUGGACGGACCACAUGCAUAACAUAUUCGAAUAUGUGCACAUAAUCUCGGGAGUGCUCUUCUACCUCAGCUCUGCUGUUAACCCCAUCAUCUACAACCUGCUCUCCAGUCGUUUCCGAGAACGGUUUCAAGCGCUGGUGUUCAGUCGCCUGUCGACGAGCUCUUCUAUGCCUUUCUAUGUCAUCCCGAAAGACCCACCCACUGAUCUCCAAGAGCAGGCGCGUGGGCAGCCCACUUCCUUUUGUCAUUAUCAUCAUCAGGUGGGAACAGGAGUAUGACUGCUUUCAUGUGAGAAAACAUGAAUAAAUUCAGGUUGAGUUAGGGACACUUUUCCCCAGUCAUCUCAAUGAAGUGUCCCAAUCAACCUGAAUUCAUCCUACUUGUACUUAAUCUUUUGCUCAAGAUAAAAGUAAUUAAGUAUUCUAAGUAUUUGCUUGUAGUGUUUACUCUUUUGUAAGCCUAUAUAAUUA